ACCAAAAGCUUCUUUUAAACUCCUAUUUGUUUCAGAGUUUUCUUCCUCAAUUCAUAUAAAUUUUCUAUUCAAGUUUAUAGGGUUUACGUAAUUUCUCUGCUGAUACUAAAUCUAAUCCCAUUUAUUAUCUCUUUUUAUAUUUGUUAUUGCUUUGCGUGAUUAUUUAUGUAUUAUUGUGGAGUGAUGAGGGAUUAAUUUGAGUUAAAUCUUUAUUAAUUAGUAUACUAAUAAUGCACUUUUUGCAGUAGUGAGUGAGAGUAAUUAUUCAACCAACCAGUCUCAAAUGUCAAAGCUUUUUGACAACUCUGAGCUUUGUCUUCAAAAUUGAAAUUUUAAAUUAAAUUAAACCUCUCUCUCUGCAAAAACUGCCAUUACCCCUCCAUUUACUUCUCUCCACAACCCAACAAAACCACCAACAUUCUCUCUCUCUCUCUCUCUCACUCACGCAUCCACUGAGAAGAAAAGAAGGGGAAAAAGAAAUGUGCAAACAGUUCAAUCCCAUGACUCUUCUCUUUCUCUUUUCUCUCUACUUCCUAUCACCUCUCAAUGUGAAUCUUGCCGGAGCCGGGGAUAUUCCCGGGGGAUUCUCGGCUGAGAAAAACCCAUUUACCCCAAAAGCUUCCUUGAUUCGAUACUUGAACAAGGAGAUCCGCGUCGAUUUGACAAAAUCCUCUUUCCUAAUCUCAAAGGCAUCGCCAUUGACCGCCGUGGACUCCGCCGCUUUUGCCAAGCUCGCUUCCCAAAACGAGCUUUCCACCAGGCUUCCGGCAUUUUGCUCAUCGGCUAAACUCUUCUGCUUCCCCGAUUUAUCGCAGAGUCUCGAGAAACACGACGCCGACGUCAACUUUGCUACUUACAGUCAGAAGAACUUCACCAACUACGACGGUCACCGGAUCGGCGGCGUCAAUUCAUUCCAGAAAUAUUCUGUUGAUGAAAACGUCAUUGUCGACUCGUUCCGUAGAUACAGCCGCAACUCAUUUGGUCACGACGACCGAUUUUCCGAGUACGCCACUCAGGGCAACGUGGUUGACCAGGGUUUCAACACCUAUGGCACCAAGGCCGGAGGCGGCGAGAGCGAGUUCAAGAACUAUCAUAAAGAGGUGAACAAUCCGAACAGCCGGUUCACUAGCUACUCAGAUUCUUCGAAUGGACGGGCUCAGACCUUCAAGGGUUAUUCCCAGGAUGCAAACGCAGGAAAUGGUCAGUCGUUCUCGAACUAUGCGAAGAAUGGAAAUGGAGUACCCAACAAGUUCAGCAGCUACUCGACAGACUCCAAUGUGGUGGGCUCAACUUUCUCGGGUUACGGACAAAGUGGGAAUGGCAUAUCCGACAACUUUACCAGUUAUGGCGUCAACGGGAAUGUACCUCAGAACAAUUUCAAUAACUACGGCGCCGGCGGCAAUGGGGGGGAAGAUUCCUUCUCACGCUACAGAGAUGAUGCGAAUGUAGGCGACGAUUCAUUCUCUUCUUAUGAGAAGAAUUCAAACGGUGGAAAGGCCGGUUUUUCCACUUAUGGGCAAUCUGCAAACAUUGGUACAGACACCUUCACUGGGUAUGGUCCAGGAGGCGAAAUAGAAUUCAAGACUUAUGGACUUAACACCACUUUCAAAGAGUACAGCAAAAACGCCAUUUCGGUAUCUUUUGAAAGGUACAAUAUAACCUCUGCUAGUGAAUCAGCAUCCACAAAAAUGAUGAUGGGUAAUAGCAGUUUGGUAAAAAGGUGGGUGGAACCGGGGAAAUUCUUCCGGGAGAAGAUGCUGAAACAAGGAACAAUCAUGCCAAUGCCGGACAUUAAAGAUAAAAUGCCGGAAAGGUCUUUUUUGCCCCGAACCAUCGUCUCAAAAUUACCAUUCUCCACCUCCAAAAUCAAUGUCUUAAAGCAAAUUUUCCACGCGGAAGACAACUCAUCCAUGGAUACUAUCAUCAGCGACGCCUUGAAGGAGUGCGAAAGGGCACCCAGCCCUGGCGAGACCAAGCGCUGCGUUGGCUCUGCCGAGGAUCUCAUUGAUUUCGCCACAUCGGUGCUGGGUCGGAACAUCUUAGUUCGGACCAGCGACAACGUCAGAGGGUCAAAGCAGCAGAUCAUGAUUGGAUCGAUAAAAGGAAUCAACGGUGGAAAGAUCACCAAGUCGGUUUCCUGCCACCAGAGUCUGUACCCUUACCUACUCUAUUACUGCCACUCUGUUCCCAAAGUUCGGGUCUAUGAAGCAGAUAUUUUAGACCCGACUAGCAAGGAGAAGAUCAACCACGGCGUAGCCAUCUGUCACUUGGAUACUUCCCAGUGGAGCCCCGGACACGGAGCUUUCCUGGCAUUGGGGUCGGGUCCGGGUCGGAUCGAGGUAUGUCACUGGAUUUUCGAAAAUGAUUUAACCUGGACGGUUGCUGAUUAGACUAAAAGUGAGGUUGAGGCAUCUGGGUUGGAAUUCAUGGCUAAGAUAACUUGGCCCCGCACCUCAAGCUCAAACUCGCUUGUACUUCCAUUACCACUAGCUAUGGUUUUUUUAUCUUUUUUUUUUUUUUUACUUAAGAGUAAAAAUGAGGGAAGAUGAAGAUGGUUGUUUAUUAUUAUUAUUAU